AUGAGGCAAGCAUUUGUAGACGGUAUUGAUGCUUUUGUUGACUAUGCAAUGACACUUGAAACUUUUCAAAUUCAUGGCUUGGUUAGGUGCCCUUGUGUAGUAUGUCAAUGUAGGAAUUACGAAACACCAGAGAUUGUUAGGCUUCAUCUCUAUAAAGAUGAGUUUGAAGAAAAUUAUACAGUGUGGACUAGUCAUGGAGAAACGGAUAGUAGUUUUGGUAGAUUUCAAAACUUUGUUGUUGGUGAAAGUAGUAGGGCGGUGCAACCUAAUGUCCAAAAUUCUAGAAUGUACGACAUGGUUCAAGAUGCUUAUGGGAUACAUUCCGAAUUUGAAUCCGGUAACCAUGAUGAAGAAGCUCCAAAUGAAGAAGCUAGUCGUUUUUUUGAACAGUUGAAAAAUGCUAGUCGGCCUUUAUAUGAAAGGAGUCCCCACUCUCAAUUGUCUAUUGCUGUUAGAUUAUUAAGCAUCAAAGCAGAUUGGAAUGUUCCUCAAGGUGCAAUGGAUGCUGUGAUUAGCCUUAUACAUGAAUUAGUUGACCCAAAAUUAGAGAUACCUGAAAAUUACUAUAAGGCAAAAAGAUUAGUGUCUAAGUUAGGACUCUCGUCGAUGAGAAUUGAUUGUUGUGAAAGUGGAUGCAUGCUAUACUAUAAGGGUGACAACAGUCUAGAAUUUUGUAAGUUUUGUGGAAGAGCUCGUUUUAAGCGGACUCGUAGCGGGAAGAGGGUUGUCGUUAAGGCGAUGCAUUACUUACCUCUUACACCAAGGUUAAAGAGGUUGUAUGCAUCAAAUAGCUCCGCUCCUCAUAUGAGAUGGCACAGUGAAAAUAGAAGGCCGCCUGGUGUUAUAUGUCAUCCAUUAGACGGAGAGGCUUGGAAGCAUUUUGACGCAACAUAUCCAGACUUUGCGGCUGAACCACGAAACAUUAGGUUGGGUUUAUGUUCAGAUGGAUUCGCUCCACAUUCUGUUUCUGCUGCACCAUAUUCUUGCUGGCCGGUUUUCUUAACACCGUAUAAUCUUCCACCUGAGUUGUGUAUGACUAGUCCAUAUAUAUUCCUUAAUUGCAUCAUUCCUGGCCCACGUAAUCCAAAAGUUUUAAUUGAUGUAUACUUGCAACCUUUGAUUAAUGAGUUGAAAAUAUUGUGGCUUGAAGAGGUUGAGACGUUUGACGUUUCUCUUAAGCAGAAUUUUAAUUUGCGGGCCACCUUAAUGUGGACUAUUAAUGAUUUUCCUGCCUACGAGAUGUUGUCAGGGUGGAUGACUGCUGGAAAGUUAGCUUGUCCUUACUGCAUGGAGAAUACUAAAUCGUUCACUUUAAAACAUGGCAGAAAAAAUUCAUGGUUUGAUUGUCACCGAGAGGAAAUUUGGGAGAGGGUUGAGUACUUUCCGAAAGUUACUGAAGAACCACCGUACAAGUUCGAUGGGUAUGGGGUUGCACAUAACUGGACCAAACAGAGCAUAUUUUGGGAGUUACCAUAUUGGAAGGAUAAUAUUCUCCGGCAUAAUCUUGAUGUCAUGCACAUUGAAAAAAAUUACUUUGACAAUUUGUUCAACACAGUGAUGGAUGUUAAGGGCAAGACAAAAGAUAAUCCAAAGGCUAGAUUGGACUUACAGGAAUAUUGUAGGCGUAGAGAGUUAUGGUUGCAGGACAAACGAAACGGGGUCUUCAAGCCUAAGUCUAGUUAUUAA